AUGAAGUUCAUCGCAGGUUUCAUCAUUGCCGCAUUCCUCGUGGCGUCUUCGACCCAGUCGACGCCCUUCAAAACUUGCAAGGAUGGUGCCGCGCCGAAGGACGUCAGGGUCGCCGGCUGCACCAAGAACCCGUGCUCCUUCAUCAGAGGGCGCAACGUCAGCGCUGAAUGGGACUUCAGCAUCCCCGAAGACACCAAGGCCCUGAAACCCCGAGUCCGAGCCACCGUCUUGGGAGCGACCGUCAACUACCCGUUCCCCCAGAAGGACGCCUGCAACACCCUGACCAACGCCAAGUGUCCCUUGGAAACCGGCGAGGACGUCACUUACCAACUGAGCAUGCCUAUUCUCAAGUCCUACCCCAAGAUCCCGCUCACCGUCGAGUUCGCCUUCCUCGACGACAAGGACAAGGUCGUCGUUUGCUUCUCCCUCUCGGCUAAAGUUGCCGACAAGUAG